UUCGAUCGGUUGAUGGAUGACGAGCGGAACACUUGGGGAAUAGUUCGCGUCCGCAAGUCGUUUUGGUGAAACGUGCCAAAACACCGGUCCCGGUUACGGUUCUAGUUGGAGAAAGUGGAUAACAUUUUCAUCAUCUGGUUAGAAGGGAAAGUGGUCGACAGUUUGCAAAAUUGAAAAAAAAAGCAUAAUAUAACUAUCGUGAAUAUACCCAGUAUCGAACAAAACGUUCUUUCGAGUUCGAUAUAAUUGACAUAAAAGUCUCCAGUCGUAAAUUUCUGAAACAACUAUAUUGUGUUUAACAAAAUGAAGAUGAAUAUAAAGCUCGAAAAUUUAAAUUACAAAAAAAUAGCUAUAAUAUGUGGCUGUACCCUUCUUGGUGGAGUAAUAUUCAGUAUGGGGAUCUUUCCAUCGCUUUUAAAAUACAUGCUGAAGAAGAAUAUAAUGCUAAAACCGGGUGGCCAAAUUCGUGAAAUGUUUGUGAAAAUACCUUUCCCGCUUGACUUCAAGCUGCACAUAUUCAAUAUCUCGAAUCCGGACGAGAUCAUGAAAGGUGGUAAGCCAAGGGUAAAAGACGUCGGACCAUUUUUCUUCGAAGAAUGGAAGGAAAAAUACGACACCGUUGAUGAUGACGAGGAGGAUACACUUGCCUUCAACCUGAGGAACACUUGGAUUUUCCGGCCGGAUCUUUCGGCCCCACUCACCGGAAACGAGAUGAUUACCGUACCCAAUAUACUUCUGCUGGGAAUUUUGCUAGUUGUGCAGCAGGAUCGGGAAGCGAUGAUGCCGCUGGUUUCGAAGGGCGCGGAUAUUAUUUUCGAACCACUGACUUCGGCUUUCAUGACUGUGCGCGUAAUGGACCUGUUGUUCGACGGUAUUCCGAUAGAUUGUAGCAGUCCGGAAUUUUCGGCCAAGGCACUUUGUUCGGGGAUGGAAUCGGAAGGUGCAGUGGCUCCGUUGAAUGAUACGCACUACAGGUUUUCCUUGUUCGGAUUGCGAAACGGGUCGGAUGCUGGCCGUUUCGUAGUCUAUCGGGGAGUCAAAAACAUACGAGACACAGGACGUAUGGUAAGCUACAACGGUGAGACCGAGAUGGAUGUGUAUGAUGGUGAUGAAUGCAACCAAUACAUCGGUACGGAUUCGACCAUCUUUCCGCCAUUUCUGACGAAACAUGAUAAGCUGUGGGCGUGGUCACCGGACAUCUGCCGAUCCCUGGGAGCCUACUAUGCCGGUAAAUCGUCCUAUGCUGGAAUGCCAAUGAGCUUUUUCAAGUUGGACUUGGGCGAUUUGAAGAAUGAGCCAGAAAAUCAUUGUUUCUGUCGAAAUCCUCCCGAUGAUUGUCCGCCGAAAGGAACCAUGGACUUGGCGCCCUGUUUAGGAGCCCCGCUUAUUGGCUCGAAACCGCAUUUCCUCGAUGGAGAUCCGGCGUUGCUGCAGGGUGUUGAUGGGUUGGAACCCAACGAAGACAAUCACGAUAUUUUCAUUCAUUUUGAUUUGCUCUCCGGAUCGCCGGUGUCUGCUGCCAAACGUUUGCAGUUCAGCUUGGAGUUGGAACCCAUUCGUGGUCACGCAGUUUUAGGCGAACUUCCAAAGGUGAUUUUACCGAUGUUUUGGGCUGAAGAAGGCAUUUCACUCAAUAAAACCUGGACCAAUCAAUUAAAGUAUCAACUAUUUCUUGGUUUGAAAAUCAACGCCACAAUAAAAUGGCUCACCAUCCUAAUUGGCACCGUGGGUACAAUCGGUGCCGGCUUUAUGUAUUACAAGCAGAACUCGGGGACGGUCAACGUAACGCCGAUCAAGGUUGAAAGCAGCCAGGGAACCAACACCUCUAACAGUACCGUCGCGAAGGAUUCGGAGGGCGUAACCAACGGGAAAAAUUUGCCGCCCGUUAUCGGUGGGUUGGACAAACCUCCCAAAGUGGUGGCAGCUGGGCUACAGCAGGAGAAAUAUUAGGCGUGGAGGGAAUUUUGUUCAACUAUUUCAAAAUCUCAAUUGUUGAAUUUUAACAAAGAUGCUUAAAUGUUAAGUAGAUGUGAAUUUUCUCAUUGCUGUAUUUUACUGUUAUCACUUGUGAAUCACCAGAGUAGUUUUUAUAUCGAUAAUAAAAUAGAGCCUUCGAUGUCGGACAUUGAU